AUGGCGCAUGUUGAUCUUUACAAAGCUAGCCAGCGUAUUCACAUAGAGGAAGAAAGCAAAGUCUUGUUGAUAGAAAUGGCUAAGCGCUAUUCCCAAUUGCUGAGGACCAGUUGUGAUCCCAUCGGAGCCGAUAACCACACAUCUCCUAUCCUCACCAAAUCCCCGUCAUUCGUCUUCGUCCUCGGCCAAGUUGGCGGCACCGGAUAUCCAGCAAUGGCAGGCAUCAUAGCCGCCGACGUCGGCGUCAAGGUACUUCAGCCCAUGCCAGUGGGCCUCUUCAGCGCCGCCGGCGUAAGCUGGUUCUUCGUCCCCAAAUCCACCCUAUAUCGGGACUAG